UAAAACAAGAUGAUGAUUUUUACAUAGUCUUACCUUAAUUGUGAUCAUUUGGCAUUCACACCAGCUAAAUGCUGAAGAGACAUUUGCACCAAAAGCGCAAAACACUUCUCACAGGGGAACAAAAGCCGUCCAAAUAAUGUCGAAAAAAAAAUCAACAAAUAGUUAAAUCAGGCAUAAAUGCAGUCCCUUAUCGAUGGAAGAAGUGACAAACACCCUUUCCUGGUGAAGACUGAGAGGAAAAUGGAGCCGAACUCACAUUUUACCUGCUGUUGUUUGCGCUCUCAGCUUGUCUCUCUCUCUCUUUUUCUCUCUCUCUAUUAUUCACUCUCUCCCCCUGUCUCUCUCCUUUGCAGAUAUUGAAUGCGCAUCUUCUUUCUCUCUGGAUCCUGUUUUGGACCCCUCAGCUCCUCAGUGGGUGAGAGAACCGUGGGAAUUUUCUCAAACUUGAAGGGGGGAAAAACUUGUUUGCAGCUGUUGGAGCUCAUCAGGCUUGAGGGAGCAGCAGAGCCAUCAUAGUGAGGUAUGAAAAAUGCAGUUAUGAUAUACAUGUGAUGAAUCUCUUCAGCUGACACCAGAAAGGUUGACUGCGCUGUAAGGUGUGUCCGACGAUCACAGAGGACUUGUGCGUAAAAAGGAUGCCAUUGCGCAUUUCUCUUGGACGCGCAUGACAGUUAAACGUGAUAUAGUUUGGAUACAUGAUAUUUUAUACAUCUAUCGAAUUAAUUAUGUUUUCUGCUUAUAAAUUAAUAUAAGUAAUAAUUUAUCUGAUUUGGCUUUCUAUUGCUCAAAAUAUAGAAAAUAGCGACACACAUUCAGAUACGUUUAAACAAAACAUGAAUGCUGAUAUUUUGGAGUUUGGUGACGCAGCAACUGCUCUCCAUCCACAGACAGACAUGUGAACAGAGAGGUCUCUCUAAUUCAUGUGCGUCAGGUUGUGUGGCAGGAAUGAGGGGGGAUUUUUAAACAAGGUUUGGCCUUGCUUUGCUCUGCCCUGAAGUGAGUCAUGUGCAGACUCAAGGGCAUCUGUGUCAUUUUCUCCUCCAAGUAUCUCAGGCCCCCAUUUUGUUAGCAUGACAUCAUUACAUGCAUCCUUUGGGGGGCAGUUUUCUGUUAUGCUGAUGGCAUGUUAUCACUAUGUGACAACUGACAAGGACUAGAUAAAGAUUUGAAAAUUUGGUUGAAGCCUGCUGUCAUAUAUCUUUGUAUUCUAUCACUUUGGUGCCGAGCCCUUUUGCUUGAAAGUAAUUUAGUUCUGCUUCAUGAUUGUUUUAAGACCAAUUACGCUUUGAUGUUUCUUCUAAAUCAUUAUAUUGACAAUGAAGUUAGAAGAAGGCAGAAAUAAAGCAGGAGAGAGCUUUAACCUGUUUUAUUCCUGUACUCUUAGAUAUUGUUUGUCCAGCACACUUUGCUUUAUGAUCACAUGAGACACUGGAAAGCAGAACCUCACCCUGAAGAUGAAGAAACCAGAGAGUGUCAAUGAGUGAUGUCACAGAGACUGCAUCCAUGUUUUAUAAGGAAUAAUCUGUGAAUGUUCCUCUGGUCUCGACGCAAUAUGAAAAUUCAGGCUAAUGGUCAGUCCUCCCUAAACCAAAUGAAGUCCAUGAAUGAGAAACUGAUUUAAAAGUCUUUUUUAAAAGAAAUACCUUAACGGAGAGCUUCAUCUGUUUCUCCCUAAUGUCUGUCACCAGUGUCAGUCCACCUGUGUCUCUGAACAUGUCCAGUCCGUUGGAGCGGGUUGUUGCCCAGAAGAAGGAGGCCAUCGAGGCAGCGAUGGACAUGUUCGAGAAAGGAGCCGAGGUGUUGGCCAGCGCUGUGGGCGAGCUCUUCCCCCUCUGUGAGGCCGCCGCUCCAGUACUCCGCCUCGCCUUGGACAACGUCCAGAGCAAAGAGGUCUUCUAUGUCAAAGAGCAGUUUCUAACCGUGAGGAACAAACUGGAUGUUCUCUCCGCCCAGCUGGAAGACAUCGACUGUGAGAUCAAGAAGGGGAGGCUGGACUCCCAGUACUUCUCAGUAGAGGAGAACAUAAGGAACCAGUUUCGGAAGUAUAUGGACAUCUUGGAGGCUAAACAGCAGUUCAAGGAGGUGAAGACCAGACUCUUUCUGGAGCAUUUCUCCAAAACUGGAGGGGAGAAGAAUCUGUUUGUGCUGUAUGACGCUGUGAUGGGGACAAACAGCUUUGGAGAGUCUGUUUUAGAGGUGGUGGAAAGGUAUGUAGCAAGGAAUCGUCGCCUCCUUGAGGAUUUCUGUGUGCGGAUGAAGGAGCUCUUCUGUCUCGGCCUGAUAGCACUGCUAGGACAUAGCGCCUUAACCCAAGACCAAGAUGAAGAAGAGGAGAAAGUCCGAGAGUGGAGUAGCAAAAUCGAAGAAGUCGAAUCCAGGAUGAAGAAAACCAUUGAGUCCUGUGUCUCUGCUUUUCCAGAGCAAGCAAAGUUGGACUCCCAGCUCCUCCUGCAGUCAAAGGAACAGGAGAACCUGCAGGAUACAACUCAGCAGCUUCUCGAGUUCUUGGUGAAAAAGUAUGAUUGGAUCAGCUGGUCCGUGCGCCUCAUCAACCAUUCAGGCAGCACCUACCGCAACUGGAGAGCAGGGGAGCACUUUCAUCAUGUUGCAGGACAGAACUGGUUUGAGGUUCUCCAGGUGAACAACAUCAACCUGGUGGUGUCGUUCAGCACCAAACCCCAGCCGGUGCCCCGAGACUUCAUCCGACAGCUGAUGGAGGGCGCGGGUAAGAAGGGGAAUGCUCCGGCAGUGGUGGAGGUGCUGGAGAAGCAGCUGUGUGGGUUUGUUGUUCAUGCUGUCAGUCGCCACAAAGAGUCUGCGGCUGCGUGGAGCUUUUCAGAGGACUGUCACUACUGGGAGAGACACAAGAAUGUGGCGGUGUGUGUGCACUCGGAGUAAAACUGAGGUGGUGUAGUGUGUGUUGUUAGUUCAUCUAGAGGAAUUAGCUUGAGAAUCAGGAAGUUGAUUUUUCAUAAAAAGUUUAAAGCUCCUGUGAGGAUUUUUCAGGUUGUGCUGAUUUUGGUGCCCCCUAUUGACAAAAGUGGAGUUACUUUUCUCUGCUGAAUCUGUCCUCUCCAUUUGUCAUUAGUGACAUCUGAUGAAAAAAAUCUCCCCCUUUCUCAUAUUUAAAUGUUGCCCUUGCAACUCAGGAUGAAGCUUUGGCAUGGGAUCAUUAGAAAGGCUGUUUUGGCAGCGUGCUGUUGAUCACUUUGUUGUGACAGGGAUUAAAAAUAACCACAUGGAAAUAAUCUGUCUUCUUUAGUAUUAGUAUUGUUUGUUGUUGAAUGUCAAAUAGGAGGGUUAACAUUAAUUCAAUGUCUAUUCCAUGCACAACCAAAAACCCCUCACUGGAGCUUUAAAUUAUGAAGCCGUCGAUCUCACUCAACAGAUAUCGCUGCCAGUGCUGAUAUUAUUUAACAAAUCAGGUAUGGGCUAGAUGUAACCAAUCUGGGUUAAAACCUUAACCUGACUGAAUAUUGUGUCUUGUAUCACAAAUAGAAAUCUUAUAACAUCUGUCUCUUUAAAUAAUGUAAUCUUGACUGAAAAAUUGUAUUAAUUAAUCUUAACCUUCAGAGUAACUAAAGUGGACUGGAUAAUUGAAGCUCAUGAGAGGUGUGUGUCGAUUUUAGCGUCCUCUUUGGAAAAAGUAGUAACUAUUGCGCCUCUUUGCUGUUUAACUCUCUCUUCAAAUGAGUGAGUCCAAUCCAAUCCAUUUAAUUUAUAUUAGCACAUUUUAUAAACAACAAGGUUACCAAAGUGCUGCACAGCAAAUACCAACAGUAGAAAUUAAUAAUAGUAAAAUUUAAAAUGCAGUACAUUAAAGGACAAACAGAGACCAACACAAACUCUCAUGCUGUAUUCAAAUCCAGAGAGUAAAAAUGAGUUUUAAGACGUGAUUUAAAAGUAUCCAGGGUUGGGGCCAUUUUGACUUGGGUGGGUAGCUCAUUCCACAGUUUAGGAGCUACCACUGAAAAAGCUUGGUGACCCCUCGUCUUUUGUCUGCUUUUUGGCACAAGACGCAUCUGAUCAGCAGACAUCAGUGCUCUGGAGGGGGCUUAGAUGUUUAUGAGGUCAGAGAUGUGCUGAGGUGCCAGACCAUGUACUAGUGUUUAAGAUAAACAAGAAUCUCACCCUGCUUUAUUUUAACAGUCAAAUAUAAGAGCCAUCAAUGAGUUUUGCCAUGGAAAAGGUUAAAAAAGGCUGUUUGGAGUGGAGGUAAUCUUCACUACUUGCACAUACCCUCUACCAGUGAUUUAUGAUAAUUACAAAAUACCUGAAGAGAUGUUGUAUACAUUUAUGAAUAAAGUGUGGCUCAAUUUGAGAUAAAACCAUGCAAAUAAAAAUUGUAUCAGUUUUCUUCUUUAGUUUGUUGCCACACAUGCCACCUUUUUUCACAUAACAUGAAAAUCAGUCAAUUCCUAAGCUGGCCUGUUUAUUCUUGCGUGUGGCUGAGCAACAUUUAUCCACCUCAGGUCAACGGGGGUCUCUGAUCUCUGGUACUGUUAUUUUGGGAGUCUGUGACUAAAAGGUUACCUCUCCUUCAGAGUCCGAACAGUGUAUUUCCAUCACAAACUGUCUAUUCCACACCAUAUGUUUAAUUCAUGUACUUCAAAAUGCACCUUUAUUAGCUUCCAUGCUAGUGUUACUUUUUAUACAGUGCUGAGUUUAAGCAUUUUGUGUACAUGUAUGUUUUUACAGCCAUUUAAAUUCAGACUGUUUGCAUAUUUCUCUUUAGCAAUGCAUCUAUUUGUAUUUAGUAAGUUACUAACCAAUGAUUUUUAAUAUUGUACACUAACACUGCACCGUAUAUAAUGAUGCAGAGUGUCUAUGCUUUUACCUCGCCUGCAUACAGUCAUAAUCCAGUCUCUCUGAGUAAAGGCUUGUGCACCUAAAGAGAUGCUUCUGCUGAGGCUGCAUACUGAGCUGUGCUCCCAUUUUGUCUCUGCUCAGCAGGCUGGCCUACUUAACUCUGACAGGGCGACUGAGGUUACUCUUUCAGGCGUGAAGAACAAAGAGGCUCGGAGUUUGGCACCGGAGAUGCGACAAUGUGCCUUGUGUUCUAAACACAUUUAAACCCCUCGAACCAAAACGAGUGAACCCCGCUUCUAACCAGAGCUGUGCCUAAUAUUACAUAACAGUCGUGUUGCUUCAGCCUGUGUGAAAAAUCAAAUGGUCUGCAUUUGUGCAUUUAGUUUUUAACGAUGAAUGUUGAAAAUCUGUGUGUUAUUGCACUUCCCACAUUUGUGAAGCUUUUUUUCUGUGUUUCCAAUUUCUUGUCUGUGCAGGCUGUUGUCUGAAUAAAAGCAGUGCAU